UUCAUUUUCUGUGUCAGUUGACUCCAAACGGGACCGUGAAGGAUUUACUGGAUCUUUAUUUAAUAAGUGGAUCAUUUGAAACGAGCAGCAGAAGGUUGGAACGAUGGAGACGAUGGAGCUUCUGGUUGAAACCCUGCAGCAGCUGAGCCUGGAAGACUUUGCAGAGUUCAGGACUUUGGCUGAAGCAGAGCCGAGCUUGGUGACCUCCAGCAGCCUGGAAGCAGCAAACGUUCAGGAUGUUGUGGAUCUGAUGGUGAAGAGCAGCAGUGGAGAAUGUGUGGAGGCCGUCAGAACCGUUCUGAUGAAGAUGGACCGCUUGGAUCUGGUGCAGAGAUUGUCAGCUGCUGACUCAGGAGCAAAAGAUGAAUUUUCUGCUGAUGAAGAACCGUCUUUACUGGACCAGCGGAUAGUGAGGCUGAGCAGUGAUAUUAACCUGAUGUUGGAAACACUGAACGAUCUGAAUGACGAAGAGUUCAGGGACUUUAAAAGACACAUGAGUCCCUUCAGCAACUUCAGGUCCACCUUCAGUCAUCAGGAGAUCCAUCUGGACUCGGCAGACCGGCAGAAUUCAGUGAUUUUCAUUGUUGAAAGUUCUGGAAAAGAGUCUUUAAUGGUGACCAGAGAUGUUUUAGAGAAAAUCAGGAGGAAGGAUUUGGUCCAGAAGCUAAGCAGCAGCUCAGCCUCCAGAGAGAUGCUGUUGGGGAAGCAAUUUGACUGGAUCCAUAAAGUGGCGACCAUGGCAGCUGUUAACGACGUUCUUCUGGAAACUCUGGAGGAUUUAAAUGAACCUGAAUUCAUUGAGUUAAAACUGUUACUGCAGUUCACAAAAUUCCAGAGAAAUCUUCCACUAAUCCGAUGGGAUGAACUGGAUGAUACAAACAGAACCAGAGUGGUGGAUCUUCUGGUCAGUGCAUGUGGUAAACAAUCUGUGGAGGUGAUCAGGGAGGUUCUGUUGGACCUGAACAGAACUGAUCUGGCGCUGAGGCUGCCUGAGACCAGCUCAGCAUCUAAAGAGAAACUUUCUAUGAAUCUGAGCUCUGCUUKGCUCCAGAAAGUGAGUUUUUAUUAYGUGAUCUUUAUCCUGAGGAAGAGAUGA